CUUUGGCUGACGGGGUGUUACCUUCAAGACAGCCGCGCGUCACCGGCUAGCUUGAUAGCCUGAUGCUAUUAGCUUCGUUUAAUUAAAAAUGUUUUAGUGAAGCUUUUGUCGGUGUUGUACCAACAAACGCUAAAUACAACUAUACUGUUAAGAAAGUUAGAAAGGUCAGUGUAUAUAUAUAAAACAGCUAAUUUCUACCAGGAAUAACAGCGUUUCAAGCAUACUCCAGUCAGUAUGGAAGAGCAAGUAAGCAAUAACAUAGAGGUGACUGUCAAAACCCUGGACUCUCAGAGCAGGAGUUACAAAGUACAAUCACAGAUGACCGUGAAAGAGUUCAAGGAGCACAUUUCACCCUCAGUUGGAAUUCCUGUUGACAAGCAAAGACUUAUUUACCAAGGCAGAGUGCUUCAAGAUGAGAAAACCUUAACAGAGUACAAUGUGGAUGGAAAAGUCAUUCACCUGGUGGAGCGUGCCCCACCACAGACUACCCAGCAGGGCUCCGGCUCGGGUGGCAUUCCAGGGUCCUCUGGUGGGACACAGGGAGGAAAUCAGAACCCAAAUGCUAGCAGCAACUCUCAGGGGACCCCUCUCGGACCUACACAUGACCGCAAUGGCAACAGCUAUGUUAUGCUGGGUACUUUUAAUCUUCCGGUUAACAUAAUGGACCCUCAGCAAAUUCAGAUGUCCAUUCAGCAGAUGAUGACAGGUCUAGGAGAGAGUGCUAGGAAUCCUCGAGCUAGUACAAGUACCGGGGGCAAUGGAUCUGUGAAUGUUCAAAUAGAUUUGGACCAGUCAUUGCAAAGUGAGCCUAGACUUCGUCUGCUAUUGGCUGAGAACUUGCUGAGGGACACCAGUGCUUUGAUCCAAAUACUUGAGGAGGACUCUGCACCUCCACCCACCUCCUCCAGUUCCACUCCAUCUCCUUCUGCACAGCCCAUGGACACUUCCCCUCCUCCUUCCAGCACCCCACCAUCCUCUUCCUCCUCCACACAGACGGAAGGUGCUCCACCCCCUACAGCAGGCCUCAGUCACCCAAGCCCAGCUGAGUUGGUGGAGAUGUUGACAGAGCUGAGGAGGGUAGAGGAGAGACUUCAGCCCUUCAUUCAAAGAGCUCACCUUAUUCUAGAGGCGGCCACAACUGCAGACUACAACAAUAAUACCCAAGAGAGGGAUGAGGACCAACGCAUUCUCAAUGUGGUGGGGGAAGCUCUCCGUCUCCUAGGCAACGCCCUGGUUGCCCUGAGCGACUUGCGCUGUAACCUGUUGAGUACCCCUCCACGACACCUGCACGUUAUUCGGCCCAUGUCGCACUACACCUCCUCUGUUCUGACCCCAGGGGGCGUUCAUCACGUCCCCAUGCAGGUGAAUCUUGGAACGACUUUGAACAUGUCAGCCAAUGGCAGACCAGCAGCUGAGGGUCAACCUCAGUCUACUGGCCAAUCAGAUCAGCAAGGGCAAGGACAGACGUCUUCCAGUCAGCCUGCUUCAGCCAGUCAGCAGGGUGGACAGCCAGGGCCCAGAGUAAUCCGGAUCAGCCAUCAAACCAUGGAGCCUGUGGUAAUGAUGCAGAUGAACAUUGAUGACUCAGGAAACACUGCUCAGACUAAUGGACAACAGAAUGCUGCUGGCACUGGACAGCCUGGUGCCCCCACUACUGUCCAGAUUCCUGGUCUACCUCCAGAAUUCAUGCAAGCCAUUGUGCACCAAGCCACUCAGCAAGCCAUGGCCAUGGCAAACGCUGCCUCUGCUGGUCAGCAGGGGCAACAGACCACCACACCUGCAGCAAAUGCUGGUUCUGGCUCUACUCCUCCCCCUAUGCCCUCAUACCCCCCACAGGCUAGAGUGGUUUUCACCAGACCCUCAUUUACACAUAGGAUGGCUAGUCCCACUUUUGCCACACGAGGGGCCACUAUCAACCUCAGAGCAGCUGUUCCACCGAUGAUGGGCCAACAGCCAGGACAGCCUGGGCACAUCCCUCCGGCUGCUCUCAAUCAGAUGAUCGGUGGUCUGGUCGGACAGCUUCUGACAGGGGCAGCUGGACAGAUGGCCGGUCAAACUUCUACAUCUUCCCAGCAUACAUUCACCUUCUCCACGUCGUCCUCCACAAGCACUCCAUCCACCACCACCAGUAGCUCUGGACCCACACAGUCUAAUAGUACCAGCACUAGUACCAGCACCAGUACUCCCCAUCCUGGAACUGCACCGCCACCCCCUCAGGAAACUCCUUUAGGGGGAAACCUGGAGCAGUUGUUGGGGUCUCUUCUAGGCGGAGCUGUUGCUGCAGGUGGCCAGGGGUCUUCUAUAACAGUCACCAUGCCUGGGGUCCCAACCUUCAUCCAGGGCGUCACAGAUUUCAUGCAGGCUUCCCAAACACUUUUCUCUCAGCCUCCCACUGGACAGCCUCCUGCUUCCACCCCCACUGCACCUGGGGCCACCCCAAAUGCAGCGUCUGCUCCUGGGGCUGCUGCAGCCGGUGAGGGCCUGAACCCUGAGCUCUUCACUGGGAUAGUGCAGGGCGUCCUUUCCACCAUGAUGGGCUCUCUAGGUACCCCUCAAAACGAAACUGAGAGCAUCGCUCAGUUCAUCCAGAGGCUCUCCCAGACUAGUAACAUCUUCACCUCUGGCACUGGAGAUGCUAUGGGUUUCUUUGGUGAUCUUCUGGCUCUGGUGUGUCAGAACUUCUCCAUGGUGGAUAUGGUGUUGUUGCUUCACGGGCAGCACCAGCCACUUGGUCGUAUCCAGCCCCAGCUUGCCCAGUUCUUCACUGAGCACUUUCUGCAAGGCCGUGAACCCACAGAGGCUAAUAUCACUACAGCAGCCAAUGAUUUAAUCGCUGAACUUGAGGAAUACAUCACAGAAAGUUUUUCAACUGUCACAGUCCGUGAUGGAGUGGAUAUCACCCAGACAAACCGGUCUUUUCUCAGACAGCAACUAACUGGCAUCGCCACCCACAUACUGCAUUGCAGCGAUCAAACAUUUGGACCUCGGCUCCUACAGCUGUGUAACCGAGCUCUCUUUGAUUGUCUGGCCCUCAACCUCUACUGUCUGAAUGGAGAACAAAGUGCCCUUACUGCUGUCAUCAACCACCGCAUUAGAACAAUGUCAGCUGAGGUUAAUCCCAGCCUGGUGAACUGGUUAACCAGUAUGAUGACCAUGAGGCUGCAAGUUAUACUGGAGCAUAUCCCGGUCACAGAGGAACAAAUUACGCAUUAUGUCAUCCACACACAGAGUCAAGAAUCAGCAGAGAGGCACACACAGGAACCUGAGCCUCAAAACAUGGAGAUGGGGGACAGUCAUUCUCCCACACCUGCUACUACAGCAGAGGAAGCUCUGGCCUCCUCCCAGGAAUCAGGAGCUGUGGGAGGUUCAGCUGGAGAAGGAGAGGAAGCUGUCGGAGGAGAGGAGACAGGGAGGGAUGCUGAAGCUUGGGCAGCUGCAUUGCCUCCUGAGUGGGUUCCCAUUAUCAGACAAGAUCAGAUCAGUCAGAGGAAAAUGAAGGCCCAACCUCCUCUCUCUGAUGCGUAUCUUCAUGGGAUGCCAGCCAAGCGCAGGAAGAUGGUAAAGAGUGAUGGGCCCAAACUGUCACUCUCAGAGGCAGUGAGCCAAGCCGUGAGGUCAGCAGGUGUAACACCCAUCACAGCCCCAAAUGCCCUGCAAGGAGAAUUAGAAAGACCAGAAGUUCAGGAAACGUACAGUGAACAGUUGAAAAAUGACAUCAAGAAACGAGUAAAGGACGACCCUGACUACAAUUCUAGACGGUUUCCAAACACACAUCAAGUCUUUGCUCCAGAUUCAUAACUUUCCUACCAGCCAUCUUACAUGUUUCCACCUCAGCCCUGUCCCUUGCGUGGGGCUUGUGUUUUAUUUCUUGGAAUUUACACACGUCAUCAGAUGACUUCUCUCCCCCAGGAAACCUUUCUAUAGAUAUGUUUUUAUUAAAGGGUUCUGAUAGUUGAUCCACAUCUUUGCAUUGUUCAGUAGAUUUAUGUGUUCUAUGUGUGGAUCAUGUGUGACUGGAUGUGGUGCUCUCAUGCACACUAAACAUCUGAUCAAUGUGUCUUCUGACUAGGGUUGACCCGGAGGGACAUACCAUAAAUAUUAUCUGUUUUAAUGAGUCAGUCCAGUCAGAAACAGUUUUGUAACUGAAAGAAAUGUCAGGUAAGAAUGAAAUGGACAGAACUAAUAAUGUUGAACACUACGAAGAAUGAUGCUGUUAUUUAAAGUUCUAUUGAUAUAUAACAUUUUGCCUUGCCUUUUACCUCUCCCAUGGCUCUGAUAAGUCUUUUUUGCAAUGUAAUGUGGUACCAUGAAUGAAAAAAAAAAUGCCUGUGAUUAAACAACUUUGCCCCAGUUUUAGUGCAUAUUAUGUGUUUAGUUUUUUUGUGAGGAAAAUCAAAUGCAUUUUGCUUGAUAUUUUACCAUGUCGCCCAAAAAUUAAAAUUCUGUCAUAAUUUGCUCAACAGCA